UCUCAUAAGCAUUCAAGAGUUGCUUACGUUCGGUUCGUUCGCAUUUCUUCUCUAUCUUAUAUAAUAUUAUAUUUUCUCCUAAAUCAAUUUUUUCACUACCAACAACAACAACAAUAAUAACAACUCAACUAUUCUCAACUCGCGUCAACCUUAACUUUCUCAAAAACAACAAACUACAACUCUACCACUACCAAUCUGUCAACUUUCCGUUUUUAAACUGAAACUGCAAACCAAAACAUUUAUUUUCGUCUCGACGGCCAUUGACAAAGUUUUGUUUUCCAAAAACCCGAGGAGAAAAUUGCCAGCCCAAAAAGAGUUGAAAGGAUACCCCAAAGAUUCGUUCAAAAAUCGUCCCCCCGUUAUGUUUUGAGUUCAAUUCCGUGUUGAAAACAAACGUGAACGUAAACGCAAAUGUAAAUGUAAAAAUCGAUAAGCCACACGCAGCCAGCCAACUGAACGCGAACGUGUCCGUGUGUGUUUCGUGGAGCGAGGGGAUUGAACGGGGGGAACUGACCAAAAAUCGGUGGCCCUGGCCAAAAACGCAAAAACUCCGGCCCAAAAAGAAAAAAAAAAAUACAAGAAAAGCAAAGCAAAGCAAAGUAAAGCAGAGCAGAACAGAGCAGAGAGAGCGACUCGAAACUCCAGCCCAAAUGACGGAUACGGGUCUGACAACGAAUCAAGCGCCGAAAUGUGUGAAGUGGCUGUGAAACCCGAGGAAUCCUAACUAAAAACCAAACCAAUUUACAAUAAAAUGCAAAUUACUAAGAAUAUUUAACCGAAACGCACCAGACCACACCACUCCACUCCACACACACAGACAGACACACGAGACACGGCAGAAAUGCCAGGCCUGAAAUUCAACAAGCUGUACGACUAAAACUUUAAGAGAUCUUUCGGCGAGCCAAACUCUAUAUACAAUAUAUAUAUAUAUAUAUAUAUAUAUUAAUAUAUAUAUUUUCCCAUGCGAGAUAACAACAGCAACGUUUCCUUUCCGCUUUUGCCACAAAUAAUACCCCCUGAGACGGUCUUUGCUCGCUCGAAACUCGACACUAGCUUCAGCACUUAGCCCUCUAAGAUCUACUAACUGGAUCCUGAUCAAGCUCCUAGCCAAAACUCCAACUCCAACUCCAAAACCUCUAAUCUACAAAGAAAAAAAAAAACACAGAAAAUGCCGCGCUGCCUGAUAGCCAAGAAGUGGAAGGCCUAUCCCUGGCUGGAUCGGACGGAGGAUACUAGCAACCAGCAACAGCAGCAGGAGCAGAGUGCCCCCAACUCGCCUCGCGAACUGGAGGAGCUGCAUCUCAAGUCCAGACGCUCCACCCUGGACGACGACGAGGAGAUCGAUGUGGUGGGCGACAAAUUCCUGAUCAAAUUGGAGAAGCAACGCACAACAGCAGAUGCUGCCGCAGCAGCAGCAACAUCAUCCGAAGCAGCAACAUCGCACAGCAGCAACAGCAGCAACAUGGAGGCAUCGGCGACGACGACGACGUCCAAGUGCUGGGGACCCAGUUCACCCACGGCGGGCACCACGGCUCCAAGUCCGCCUCCCCAUUCGCCGGAGGCGGCGACGCGAGUGGCCGGCAAUGUUUACAACGGCUACACCCGCGAACUUUCGCCGCUGCACUACACCGCGUACCUGCCCCGCAUGGAGAGCGAGAUAACCGUGAUCCGUGCCGCGGCUACAGCUCUGGUGGCAGCCAGGACAUCCGGAAACGGAAGUGGAGAUCAGCACCUGGCCGCCUACCAAACGCCGCCCUCGUCCACCACGUCAUCACCCUCUUGUUCGCCCAGCGGCGCCGGCGAUCGGUACAGUCCGCUCUCGAGUGGACAGACCUCCAGUGAAAGGAAGUGCUUCAGCAGUACGGGAGCCACACUGUCGCUGCCGCCGAAGAAGAAGGACAUCUACAGGCCGUAUUCCUUGGACGACAAGCCGGCGCACGGCUAUCGAAGAAGGGUACCGGCGGAGGAGGACCUGCAUGCGGCACAUGCUAUCCUGGAUCUGAGUGCGAGCACAGCCUUCCACCCGCCCACGCAACCUCACCAGUUGCAGCAGCAGCAACAGCAGCAGCAGCAGCAGCAUCAGCAUCACCACUCCCAGCAGCAACACCUUGCCCCGCAGCAACAUCACUACUUGCCACUGCAGCAGCAACAGCAGCAGCAGGCACACCACACCCACUUGCCAACUCUCGAGGCGCAUGCGCAUCUGCGCAGCACGUCAUCGAUUGCCGAACUGGCUGCAGCGGCCAGUGUGGUAAAUGAGCAACGCCCCGCCAGCAAUGCCUCGAGUGCCAGCAGCAAUCACAUGCCCAGCAGUCCCAGCAGCAACUCGAGCAGCAGCAGCAGCCAGGUGCAGAACGAGAACAGCAACACCACCAACACGAACCCGGAUGGGGAUGGAUGUCUUCAGGAUGGCGAGCACAGUGGCGCCUCCGGAGCGUCGGCCAAAACGGUGGCCUACACCUACGAGGCCUUCUUCGUCAGCGAUGGCCGUUCGAAGCGCAAACAUGUGGCGGAUCCUGCAGCUGCCGCCAGCGGAGUGCCCACUCCUGACCAGCAGAAGACCAAGUACACGUGCUCCGAGUGUGGCAAGCAGUAUGCCACCUCCUCGAACCUGUCGCGCCACAAACAAACCCAUCGCUCGCUGGACUCGCAGUCCGCCAAGAAGUGCCACACCUGUGGCAAGGCCUACGUUUCCAUGCCCGCCCUGGCGAUGCACUUGCUCACGCACAAGCUAUCCCACAGUUGCGGCGUCUGUGGCAAGCUGUUCUCGAGGCCCUGGCUGCUCCAGGGUCACCUGAGAUCGCACACGGGCGAGAAGCCCUAUGGAUGUGCGCACUGCGGCAAGGCCUUCGCCGAUCGUUCCAAUCUACGAGCACACAUGCAGACCCAUUCGGUGGACAAGAACUUCGAGUGCAAGCGGUGCCACAAGACCUUCGCCCUGAAGUCAUACCUCAACAAGCAUUUGGAAUCGGCUUGCCUGAAGGACGAGGAGGAGCUGAUGAUGUCCAUGUCGCUGUCGAUGCACGACAGCAAUAGCGAGAGUGGGGCCAGUAUGGCCUCGUCGCCGCCACACGAGUUCCUUGAGCGCGUCAAACUCGAGGGCAGUGGAGGAGCCACUUAUGCCAUGUAAGCAUAGAAUACAUUGGGCGCGCUACAGAAAUCUCUAAGGACUUGAAGCCAAGUCGCAAUCCGGCUCGGGUGACCAGACUUAGACAUCUCUGUUGCACAACCGAUAAACAGAAGCGGAAGGAUGUGCUGUAACUGCAUAGCUGGUUAGUUAAUUUACCGUUAAAGUUAAAGUUACCGUUACCAUUUACAACUAGGUUAACCGAUAGCCGUUUUUAUAGAAGAUACAUACAUCACAAUACGUCCAAGAGCAAAGUGUAGUAGAGUAACACAGAGACUGUAGAAAUUCGCAUUAGGCAGCCAAGCAACAAAAUACUCAAUGGGUGUGUUUUCAAAAUCUGUUAUUUGGUUUGCGAACUCAUUUUUUUAAAAGGUGCCUCUAAACGUAUGCAAUGGAAAUAUCCAAAUUCAUGGUCAGAUUUUGAAAACAACCCCAUAAUAACCAACUCAAAAUGGUUCUUCUUUUAAGCAUAAGUGAGUUGAACAUUCCUAAAAACCAAAGCAUUCCACAAAACAAAAAAAAAAAAGAAAACAAAAACAAAAAAGAACACAAUACACCCCAAACACACAGAGAGCCUUGUGUAUGAGGUGCUACGCCACAUGCAUUCCGAGAACCUGAAGAAAUCUAAGCAAUUCUAGCAGCUAUCUUAUCUAUCUAACUACUUACCAAAUCGAAUACGAAUACGAAUCGAAAACAAAAACACACACAUAAGAGUACUAUAUUUAAAUGCAUAUAUAGAGUGUACUUAUAACCCGUAGCGAAACCAAACGAACGUUUUAAUCUACCCACUCUCUCCAACUAACUCUCGAUGAACACUCCUCUAGCUAACCCUAACUCUUACUCGAACAAUAUCUCUCUACUCUCCUAUCUCUAUCUCUUUAAUCGACAACGUUGACGACGACGACGAAGUGAUUAAAAUUAAUGCAACGAAUACAAAAGCAAAUGCAAUGUUUCUCAAACAACGAAUUAGGACUUAAGGGCAGCCUAUCUAUAAGCAGUAAUUACGAGUGCUAGCCACUAAGCAAUUUUAAACUAAGUCACACGAAAGCGACAUUUAAGCACUCAACAAUUUUUAGAUUCGAUAUAAUGACAACGAUACAAAUUAAUCAAAAGCAAGCAAACAAAAACGAAACGCAAAGCAAUAUUUAGUCGGGUUUUGCGGACCGGUUCAAGUGGGAGCGGUUCCAUAGCGAAUGUUAACAUAACCGAAAACAACAAGGACCAACUCAAACUCCCCGAGAACUGGUUGUGUAAGCCUCAUAUUAACCCUUGUAGAAAGCAUCAUCACGAUCACGUUUAUAUAUAGGUCAGUCCCCCCAAAAUAAGUUCACUCCGAAAUCAUUAAAGGCUAGAGAAGAGCAUUGCAAAAGUCACAGAGGGCGGUUCGAAACCCCUUUUCUUUCGUUGGGCGCCGUUUAAUCCGCAGUCAAUUAACACUACUCACCAGUGAAGUAGCCUACCAUUAUUUAUGUUAGUCCUUAGAAGUGAACAUCUAGUCGCUGUUUAACAGCAAAAUCACUUAUUUCAUACCAAAGCUAUACCACAUUACCCAGUUUUUAGAAUCAACAAGCAUUGCAUUCCGUUCGAGGCCCAAUUAGGAGUAAAACCAGCGAAUAAGACCAAAAAGAAAUCCGGGGAAUCAGGAGUAAAAGCCCCAGUAUUCGAUCGCAUAGAGAGAACCCCUCAAUCGCAGAACAGAACAGAACAGAAUAUAUCGAGUGUGAUCUAGUCUCAAGCAUUUAACAGUACACUUCGUCCAUGCGUGAAUAAUACUUUUGCACUUUUUCGACACUUAAUCGACCUAGUACGAUAUAUUACUUAGCCCUAUAUUAUGUAACUGUAACUCAUAUUCAUUUAUUCAUUCAUUCAUUGAAUCGUUUACGCAUUCAUCUUACUCACACACACGCUCACACAAACACUCAAUCGCUGCACAGCCUGUAUAUAUUAGGAUAUAGCAUGUACAUCAUACAUCAGCAUUGUAAUCAUCAACUGAAAUCAGCUUCAGCAACCGAUCUCAAAGAGGAAGUGGGGAAAAGAAGUGCAACGAACAUUUUGUAGCGCUAGUCGUAGCCAAGUUUAGAUGACCCAAACCAAAGUUGUUGGUAUUUCUAAGCGGGUAUCUGGGAAUAUAUAGAAGAUAUAUACAUCUAGAAUACGUAUGUAGUUGCGUAAUAUUUACAAAGCAUAUAUUAUACACAGCUAGGGUUAGUCUUCAGACAUGUACUCGUAAGUUAAACUAGUAAGUAUAAUCACGAAAUUAUUUUUAUACUGUUGUUCGGAGGAGGGAGCGUCGGACGAGAGAGAUGGCAACACUUUUAAGGAAUAAUAUUAAUCGAAUAAUCGAGACGAGAUCGCAAUCGGCAUCGAAUAAAUCGGCUAAAGUACCAAAGCAAAUACUCAAAAAUAAAAGCAAACAUAAGAACCCCUGCAAACCGCAAGACAAAUUACAAUUAUUUCAAUUACAACUACAAUUAAUUAUAUAUAAUAUAUAGCGUUAUCUAGCAUAUAGUCAACUAUUAUUUACGUAUCGUUUAUAAUUUAUCGACGCGAGAUAUGUAAUGAAUAUUUAUGAAAUUUGCAUUAUAAGAAUGUUGAAUUGAAUUGAAUUAAAUUGAAGCCCGGCAAUAAUAUUAAAUUUUAAAAAUUUUGUAUAACAAUUGUAUAGAAGGCGAAGGAAAGUAAAGCAAUAACUUAACUUAACUAACAAGUUAAUCGAUUUAUUAGUCUUAAAGAAUACUGUAAGGUUGGAACUACUUACAAUUAGCAAUCAAAGCACACUUGUAAAAACAAAAAUUAAAAAAACAAAACGAUAAACGAGAGAAGCAAUUAUAAAGUUACAAAUAUACAAUGCAUAUUAAAUAACCACACAUUUUACGAGCGAAACAAUGUUUUUUUAUUUAUAAACCAAUUCGGACUUUUUAUCAUUUUAACUGGCUUCUGUUGCUGAUUAACGUUUGAUGAAUAUGAAACGACGAACCCAAAGCAAUUCGAAUAUUGUGAUAGUCCAAAAACACACUAACAACUUUCAGAACUAUUCAUUAAUUUUGCUCAAAGGAAGAGAGCAAACGAGAAAUCAAAUUGAGCUCCAGGAACUUUUUAAUAGAAAUAACGUGUAUCGAAAAGCAAUAAAACGUAGUGGUAAAGAUAUAUGAAGAAAGAGGAGCAAGGAUACUAUAUUAAGGGAUGAAUACUUGAAAAAAAAAAAAAUGUAAAACGAAAGUCUCUUGGAAUAUAUAAAACUACUUCCUAAUUAUACCCACGGCAAUUAUAUAUUGUAUUUGGAAAGCUUUAGUCCAAAAUUAAACCAUUUAAGUUGCUCCAAUCACGCACAUACACAAAACAGAACCCAAAUCAUCAUGAUGUAUUGUUAUAAACCCAAGGAAAUUGUUAAAGUUGAUACAUUAGUAGCGUAGGACCCACACACACACACACACCUGCACACAGGUGCAUACACUUAUCCUGUACAGACACAGACGCAUAAACGGAACCAGCGCAACGCGAAAUGCAAUUGUUGAAUUCAGUAUUUGUAGCAUUAGGUUCAUGAUCCAUUGUUUCCAUUAUCUGUUGCUGACACCACCCCCCAAAACAGAACAACCGUGCAACGGAACAACCGAACAACUGAACACCCAUGGCAACACAAUGUUGUCCUGCGCUGCGUUGUGUUAUGUUGUGUUGUCCUUUUUGUGUCAAUGCAGUUUAACGAGCGCUCGUUAGGCGAACGCCAACAAAGGGAAAUGUAAUAAAAAAGCAGGCGAAUAAAAAAAAAGGGGGAUGUACUGGCGCACCACCAUCGCGAAAAUUGCAAAACGGGGAAAAAACGCAAAAGGGGGUGUCCUUGCACGCAUUUAAUUCGAGAAAAUUUCAUUUGCAUAGUUUGCAUUGAGCGUGAUUUAUUUAUUUACCAAAUCAGAAUCAUAAAAGCACAAACACUCACAACUCACCACCCCCACACGUGUAUAAAUAAUUGAGCAAAAAAAGAAAAGAAUAUAAAAGACUUGGCACGUUAACACUAAUAAUUCAAGAAUUGAACAUAACUAAUAAAGUCAUGAGAAUUAUAUAUAGCUGACAAAGAAUAAGCAAGCGAGAACAAAAAAUGAAAGACUUAACACUUUGAAUAUAUAUUAUAAUUAUAACGGAAGAAAGCUAUACUUAUUUACAGCUAUUGUAUUGUAUAUGGUAUAAUCAUAGAGAAUCGAGGUAAAAGCAAUUAACGAAAGCAACAAAAAAGCAAAUGGAAAGCAAUAGAGCAUUAAGGUAACUAAAAAGUAUUAAAUCGCAUGUAUCUAUGAGUAAAUAUUUGGAAUUCGUUAUAUUAUUGCGAUAAGUAAGGCGAAACCCCAAACAUUUAUGGCACUAUACACUAUAUAUAUAUAUAUAUAGCAGAAUAAAGAAUAUAAACAAUUUAGUUUACACGGAAAAACGAAAAAGGUAAAAAGCGAAGAGAACUCUGCAGAGGCGCAAACAAAAAAAUAAGCAAUAACUUAUAACUAACGAGCCGUAGGGAUUUUUGGAUUAGCUGGCAAACGAUGAAUUGAUUAAACGAUUAUAACGAUUAUUAGUUACCGAUAUACAGAUAUAUUAACAGGUAGAGUUGUUUUUUGCAUAUUGUUAUCGCAACUUUUGUGCUGCUUGACGAGACCAAUUGAUGUACUUUAUACAACGAAAAAACCAGAAAACCAAGGAAACUAAUGAGAACUCAUCUUAUGUUUUUGCAUAGGUGCAUAUUGUUGCGAUAGAUAUACAAACCUAUUUUGGUCGAUUAUACAUUACACACGCCCCCCCACACACGAUAGUUGAAAAACGAACGAAAAACGAAAACAGUUACUGCGUAGAGAUAAAAAACGUCAUUUUAAAUUGUGUUUAGAGCACUCACACAUACAAACACAAAACGAACACACAGACAAAACUGUAGCAUUGUAGAAAAGUAGAGUUGCAAAAAUAUUAUUAAUGAAGCGAACAUAAAUUUAAGCUUACGAUUAGAGAACAACACAGCACCUUAGUGAGCCAGCAAAAAUAAAAGUAAAGAAUUCUGUACCUAGAAAUACAACAAACAUCUACACACACGACACCUACACACAUACACACACACGCAUUAAUUAUGUAUUUAAUUGCAUCGAGACAAGCUAAUCGAAAAUAUAUAUACGAAGCGAUAUAUGCAACUAUAAAUAUAUACACACACAAGGACAUGAAUGCGUUUAUUAUGCGAUAUAUGCAAAACAGUCUAUAUUAUUAAUUACGUGCAUUAUGUAUAUGACAUUCAUGUACAUAAGUGGCAGUGAAACACACAUAAGCAAACAUUAAGGUCCUGGCUCAUGCUGUCAAUCAAGGAUAAUGGAAGGAAGUCUGACAGGAAUGUCCUGCCAAGCCUGAUUGGAGUCAUAGAUUCCAGGAUCCGCCCUCGAAAGUCAAUUUAACCAAAUGGUCAAUUUCAAUUAUGACUCAAAUCGUUUCAUGUUUUUCAGUAGUUUUUAUGCUAAGUUGUUGAAAAUUGUGCAGCCAAUAAGGCAGAACCGACAAAAUAUGAAGAGAAAUCGAUAAAGAAUUUAUGAAUGUCUUCAGUUUGAUUGCGUGGUUUCGACUAGAGUGCAUCAAUAAAUAUAUAAAACUUAUAUACGCAUUAAACGAGUAUACUAUAUAUUUUGUACUUAAUUAAUUGAUUUUGUAUAAUCCAACCAGAAGCACACAGCCACAUACACACACACACGUACACCACAAUGGCUAAUCAAUGCAUAGUUACUAACGGGAAAAAAAGGAGCCAAGCAUUCUGUAAAACAUUUAACAUAAACGUACAUAAGUAUAUUAUAUUUUCAUAACACAUGACAAAUUUAUACAUGAAAAAGAAAACCGAAAUGGAGAAAAACGAGAUGGAGAAAAGUGCGACGAUGCAAAACAACUUGCGUAGUAAAUGAGAAAACAAACAUAGUGAAUAAAAAAAAUAAAAAUCUGAC